UCCCAGCACGCGCUGAUGACAUCACGAAGUGCCCCUUCUUUGUGUGUCAAUGAUGUCACCGAGUGCAGCGUGGGGGACAAUGGAAUCCUGAACUCCGGGCGAAGGCACGCUGCUGCGGGCUCGGGGCUGACCGGGGGGGCAGGGGACAUCCAGGUGCUGGUGGGGCUGGAACAGGUGAGAAGUUGCUGCUGGUGCUGGAGGGACAAAGCAGCGAGAGAGACACGAGUGGCCAGGCCCAGCCGCACCGAGGAGGAGCAGCCAGACACAAAGGGAGAGACAGAGAAAGAGACAAGCACACCUAAGAAGAAGGAAAGCAAAGUCAGCAUGAGUAAAAACUCUAAGCUGCUAUCUACCAGUGCCAAGAGGAUUCAGAAGGAAUUGGCUGACAUCACCUUAGAUCCACCUCCCAACUGCAGUGCUGGCCCCAAAGGUGAUAACAUCUACGAAUGGAGAUCGACUAUUCUAGGACCCCCGGGCUCUGUCUACGAGGGAGGUGUUUUCUUUCUUGACAUCACAUUUACACCAGAAUAUCCUUUCAAGCCUCCAAAGGUAACGUUCCGGACAAGGAUCUAUCACUGUAACAUUAACAGCCAAGGCGUCAUCUGCCUGGACAUUUUAAAAGACAACUGGAGUCCAGCAUUAACCAUUUCUAAAGUUCUCCUCUCCAUCUGCUCCCUCCUCACAGACUGCAACCCGGCUGACCCCCUGGUUGGAAGCAUUGCCACUCAGUAUAUGACUAACAGAGCAGAGCAUGACAGAAUGGCCAGACAAUGGACCAAAAGAUACGCUACAUAAAUCGUAUUUCUGUCAAACUUACAUUAUUUGUCUGUGAUGGAAAGAGCUGCUUAUGAUUUUGAAGGGGUGGGGGGGAGGGAGGGUGCUGGUAAAGAGUAGGGUAUUUCUAUAACAGAUUUUAUUCAGUCUUUUAUUUCCUAAGAUUUUGUUGUUGUAACUUAAGGUAUCUUGCUACAGUAGACAGCUAGAAUUGGGAAUAGCAUAUUUUAAGACUGUAAUUAGUUCAGCAAUAUUAGCUCACAUAUAGUACCGAGAAGAAUGUAAACUUAGGUUCCUUUGGUUUUCAGUUUGCUCGCAAUAUGUAAAAGAUACAACAGCUUGAUUUUGUACAGGUACAUAUGUUGGCGUUUAUGUAAAAGUCCUUCCAAGACUCUAUACACUGUUUUGUUGGUGGUUUUUUUUUUUGCUUUUUGUUUUGGUUUUGGUUCUGGAGGGGUUUGUUUUGGUCUGAGUUGGGUUUGUUCAUUUGUUUCGUUUUGCUUCGGUUGUUAUUUUGUAAAAUAAAAAGAUGUUGGGAUUGUUUUCCCCUA